UGUACAUGUUAAGGGAUUUGAGCCAGAGGAUCAUUUUUCUCAGCUAGAUGGGGUUUUGUCGCCACCAAGUGAUGACGAGGCGCAAACCAACACUAAAGCAGGUAAAAAUAUUAAUCAUCUAAAAUCCAAAGAGGCCUUUUUUAAAUACAAAAAUGAUAUAUUUAUUUGGAGAGAUUACAAAGGUUUUAGUUAGCUUUAGUUAGAUAACUAAUAUUAACCUAGCCGGCAGUCGACUUAUUAUGGCGUUGUGAAUACUACGGAAACUCGCAAGGACAAUCUUCUUGUAAAGUGAUGCGGUUACCAUGACAACCAUUGUCAAACACUUGCGUAAUAUUUACACCGCAAACGCUGUAAACGAAAUCUUACCCAUAUAGUUAAAUAUACUGUAGCAACUGUCGUAUUUUGACCAUUUCACUUUGUGCGCAUCCAUGUCAAGGUUUAAGACAGCUGGAUACAAAAGCUCACAAGACAGUGGCAAAAGCGAGGAGCGGGAGGGAGCCCGUUGUGUGCGCUAUAAAUGCAGCUUACCCGGCACCAUACAGGACGUUCUGCGCCAGAGGCCCGGCUGGGUCGAAGUCAAAGAUGAGGCAGAGUGGGAUUUCAACUGGUGUGAUGUUGCCUGGCUCAGGGAGAACUUUGAUCAUUCAUACAUGGAGGAACAUGUCAGGAUCAACCACUUUCGCAACCAUUAUGAGCUGUCUCGCAAAAACCUCAUGGUCAAAAACCUCAAAAGAUACCGGAAAACCCAGGAAAGGGAACUCGGCCGCUUGGAGGCGUCCAAAUGUGAUUUCUUCCCCUGUACCUUCACGCUGCCCAGCGAGUAUCACCUCUUUGUAGAGGAGUUUAAAAGAAGCCCUGGCAGCACCUGGAUCAUGAAGCCAGUGGCAAAAUCCCAAGGCAAAGGCAUAUUUCUAUUCAGGAAGCUAAAGGACAUCAUGGAUUGGAAGAAGGAUGGCACCCGCUCAGAAGAACAGAAAGACACAGCUCCAGUGGAGAGCUAUGUGGCACAGCGCUAUAUAGAGAACCCCUACCUAAUAAACGGGAGGAAAUUUGAUCUGAGGGUUUAUGUGCUGGUCACAUCCUACGUCCCUUUGAAAGCCUGGCUCUAUAGAGAUGGCUUCGCCCGCUUCUCAAGCACCCGCUUCUCACUUAGCAGCAUUGAUGACAAGUACAUGCAUUUAACCAACGUGGCUGUUCAAAAAACAGCUCCUGACUAUGACCCUGAAAAGGGAUGUAAGUGGCAGAUGCAGCAGCUUCGAAGAUACCUGACUGCAAAACACGGUAGAGAGGUGGUGGAAACCAUGUUUCAGGAGAUGGAUAACAUCUUUGUCCGCAGCCUACAGAGUGUACAAAAGGUCAUCAUAAAUGACAAACACUGCUUUGAGCUCUACGGCUACGACAUCCUGCUGGAUCAGAACCUUAAACCAUGGUUAAUUGAAGUGAAUGCUUCUCCAUCACACACACCCAGCAGUCAAGAGGAUUAUGAAAUGAAGUGCAGAUUGCUGGAGGAUACUUUGAACGUUGUAGAUAUGGAAGGACGGGUGUGUGAAUGACAGAGACAAGCAGCUUCGUCGGCUAAUGAAACCAUUUCCUGGCCAGAAAAGAAUGUAGUCGUGCUCGACAACACAUUUCCCAAGCUAUUGCAAACGGACGUGUCACAAGUGUUAUAAAAAGUAUUCAACUUCUAUUUGAUCAUCAUGUGUGUAUGCUUAGGGUCUGAAGUUAACAUCUUUAAGCAAUUUUAAACAGGCCAGAGUCUUGUGUGCAAAACAUUUAUUUCUAUGCCUUACAAAUACUUGCAUUCAACAUUGAGAAAAUACAUACAGUACCACAA